CUUCUCUGCGCCGAAUAAAAACCCUAUUAUUUUCUAGCUCUCGCUCGGUCUGUUUCGUCAACUUUUUGCCCGACGCUCCAAGCUGCAAAGUUUGAGCUUUCUUUCAUGUCUACCGCGGCGGCAGGCGGAUAUGAAGGAGGAGCAGGUGGGAAAUUUCGAAAACGACCGUUCCGAAAACAGGCAACGCCGUAUGAUCGACCAGUGAGCGCACUGAGGAACCCUGUGGAAGGAGGGAACAACAAUGGGUGGCUUUCGAAGAUUGUGGAUCCAGCUUCCAGAAUUAUCACCCGAAGUGCUCAGAUAUUUUUCUCUUCUGUAUUCCGGAAGCGUCUUACCGCUGCAGAGACGGUUUCAGCAGAGGCAGACCGUAAACUGAGUAAUGAACCUUCUGAAGCUGUUUCUGCUUCACAGAAUCCUUUUGGGGUACAAGAACCAGUUGUCAAUGGAAGUGAUGACCUGAAUAAUCAUUCUGACAAUAGUGGGGUUGGUGAACUUGAGCAGAUUCUGAAGCAGAAGACCUUUACCAGAGCUGAGAUUGACCGCUUGACUGAACUACUCCGUUCAAGAACUGUUGAUAUACCUGCCGAGGAUGAGAAGAAAAGAUCUGAACCUAGUACAUUGCAGCCAGUAGCUUAUAAUCACAAAGUGGAACUGGCAAAUGUUCCGGUGCAAGAAAAUGGAGUGGAUUCCCGAAGAUUGCUGGGAGAGGCUUCAACCCCUGCUGUUAGUUCACGUAUCCUUGAAGAAGACAUUGCAUCGCCUGCAGAGCUUGCAAAGGCCUACAUGGGUAAUAGAACUUCAAAAGUGUCCCCAUCAACAUUAGGUUUGCAUAGUCUCAGAGAAGAGUUACCUUUGCCAAGUAAUGUCCCAUUUCCAAGGAAAUCAUCCGGUAUGUCACUUGUACCAAGAUCAUCAGUUCGCUCUGCUGGCAUCCCUGGGGUUUCUGAAAAUGGUUAUCAGACCCCAAGAUCUCGAGGGAGAUCUGCCAUCUACAGUAUGGCUCGUACACCGUAUUCCAGAAUUCAUCUUACUGCCAAGGGUAUUGGGGAUACAGAUGAUUGGUAUGCUGGCCCAUCAACAUCUCCCUGGACAUUGGACAACAACAUGGUUUCUACUGGAAAGCAGGUCUCAAAGCGAAGGAGUUUAGUUUUAGAUAAUGAUAUUGGAUCUGUUGGCCCCAUACGCAGGAUCCGUCAAAAGACCAAUCUGAUGUCUCCUAAAAGUAUUGGCUCACUGGCUCCUGAGACUCAUAUUCCUACUCGUGGAACUGCAUUUGGUUCUGAUGUUGCUCAAGGUUCUGUUUCUUUGACUCAGAAGCCACUUCUGCUGGAAGAACACAGGCAUCGCAGCCUAAAGAUGAGAAUUGCAGAAAAUGGGAGCAAUUGCAUCCCCAGCACGAGUUUUGCUUCUGUUCCUUCUCAGUCAAGUGAGAUGGCCCAAAAAAUUUUGCAGCAGCUUGAUAAGCUGGUGCCUUCUCCCAAGGAGAAAUCAUCUGAGCUCAAGCUAGCUACUGCUGGGGAGAAAUCAUGUGCAAAACUGUCACUUAGUAUGUUACAUGGCCAGGCUUUUCGGAGGGUGGAGGAAGUAGAUUCAUCAAAGUUUUUGAAUAAUAUACAAGGUACUUGUACUUUGGAUGCCGUUGGUGGUACACCUCUACCUGUUAUUCAAGAUUCUGCCUAUCGAAAGCUGGACAAAGUUGAAGAAAAUGGCUGGUUGAAGAUUGCUGCUUCUGGAAACAAAUUGGCUCCUGAGGCUAAUGGCACAGAAAGAAAUACGUUGAAUAAAGACACUGUCCCUAUUUUCAGGACUGCAGAUUCAGCUAUUUCGAACUCUGUUGUCACCCCUCCACAGAAAAAACAAGCCUACCAGAUGAAUGCACAUAAGGAAUCUCUGGAGCUGGAUGAUAAUUGUUGCGGUACCAAAGGUGUACAUUCAGUUAAUGGAAAAGAAAAACUAGAUAAUUCAACUGUGGAGGAGAACAAAGCUGUUGCAGCAAAAACAGUUACUGUGGAGAAGCCUCCAGUUUCUGAAAUCAAUACCCCUGCUAGUUUGAUAUUGAACAAAUCCAGUGGUACAGGAGCUUCUGAUGGUCCCAGGGUUAAUCAAAAGAACCCUGGUUUUGGCGCUCCGUUGACAUCCGUGUCGAGCACAGUUACUCAGCCGGCCCCCCUCUGUCAGUCACCUCCAUUGUUUGGUAAUGUAGUUCCAACAAAGGGACCAGCUUCUUCUCCGGUAUUCAACUUUGGGUCCAAAGUCAUUGGCAAUGCACCACCUUUUACAUUUUCAUCAGUUUCCAGUUUCAGUGAAUCAUCAGGACUGAAAUUUGAUGCUCGGUCAGGCUCAGUGCUGGGGACAUCAAGCAGCCCUGCCACAAUUGGUGCUACAUCGACAGGAAUUAUUACCAAAGCUGCAUUAUCAGAUACAGGUGGUAAAGAAAAUGCUCCGAAGACUGGAGACUUGUUCAGGAAACAUGAGAAUGCCACUUUUUCAAGUGUGUCGACAUCACCCACUCCAUUCUCUUUUAGCAAUUCGAUGAAAAAUUCAAAUCUAAGCAAUGGUUCAGUUGCACCAUCAACUUUGUUAUUCUCAGUCCCUGCUCCUUCAGUGCCAGCUUCCACUAUUUCUUCAAAUAUGAGUUUCAUGAGUGGUUCUGCAACCACUGCUAUCACCACCACUGGCAGCCUCUCUGCCUCAGCUGCAUCCCCGGCAUUUUCUUCAGUGCCCAUAUUCCAGUUUGGAUCCGGCACCACUAUGGCAGUGGCUCCAAGUUCAGUGUCGCAGCCAUCAACUUCUGGUGCAGAGUCAACAGAUUUGGAGCAAAAGGUCGAGACGGCUCCACCUUUUGCCAGUGUAAGCCCCCUUCCGUUUGGUACCACAUCUUCUCCCCUUACUAGUACAGGCAGUGGCAUCUUUGGGCUCUCCAAUGUAACCCCUGCAAGCACUACAAAUUCCUCUUCGUCUGCCAAUCAUCUGAGUUCUAACCCUUUUGGUGCUGGUACUGGGCCUGUGUUUGGUUUGCAGACAGCAUCCGGAACUGUUACUUCCUCUUUUACUCAGAGCAUUCCAAGCCAGUUGGGCUUAUCUGCCGCAUCACCUACAUUUGGCCUGAGUGCAUCUUCUACUUUCAGCUCUGGUAGUUCUUUAUUUGGCUCCUCAACCUCAGCUUCUAAACUGUUCAGUUCAGGUUCUGGCUUUGGACAGAAUUCUUUAACUACCUUCUCUACGGGGGCUAAUCAUUUUAGCACUGCCAGUCUAUUCAGUUCUAGUUCGCCGCCAGAAUCAUCAGUAAUCAAUUCGGCGUUUAGCUCUGCAUCUUCUCCAGCGUCAGGGUUUUCUUUUGGAGGGUCCUCAACCGCUGGUGCUGCUAGUGGUAGUGCAUCAUCUCCAGCGACAGGGUUUUCUUUUGGAGGAUCCUCAACUGCUAGUGCUGCUACUGGUAGUGCAUCUCCAUCAACAGGGUUUUCAUUUGGAGGAUCCUCGACUGCUGGUGCAACUACUGUUAUUGCAUCUCCGGCGACAACAGGGUUUUCAUUUGGAGGAUCCUCGACAGCUGGUGCUGCUACUGGUAGUGUACUGAUGGGAUUUGGCUCUGGUAUUGGUGCCUCAUCAGGGUCAGUUUUCUCAUUCACUUCAGCUUCUGCAGCCACCUCCUCAGCCUCUCUUACCUCAUCACAGCCUGUGUUUGGUGUGCCGAAUCCAAGCAUCACAUUUGGUUCAUCAUGUCCGGCUAACGACCAGAUGAACAUGGAAGAUAGCAUGGCAGAGGACACAGUACAAGCAUCAACACCUGCUGUUCCGACAUUUGGCCAGCCAGCUACUACCCCUUCACCUGGUUUCAUGUUUACUUCUGCUCCAUCAGGAGCUCCAUUCCAGUUUGGUGCCCAACAGAAUCCGGCUACUCCACAGAACUCAUCUCCAUUUCAGGCUACUUCUGGUAAUUUUGAUUUUGCUCCUGGGGGAAGCUUCUCAUUAGGAACUGCUGAUAAGUCUAACCGGAGAAUUUUCCGAGCAAAACGUGAUAAGACGCGGAAGAAGUAAACCUUGGUUGUUCAUCCACUGAUUUGGAUGAAUCAGUGACUUGGGAGGAACACCUGAUCAUUUCUUGGUGCAAGAUGAACAACCUGCAGGCUGUUUCUGAUGUUAUUCCUCAGAUUUUUGGUCCUGGUAAGGUUAAUUGACCUCUCGCAGACCUGGAAGUCUGGUGGCCCUUGUACUUGGUCUUUUCCAGUGCGGGCUUAUAUAAUGUUUCAAUUUUGGGUAAGUCAGUAGUGAUACCAUUGAAUGUUUGCUGUUGGUCUUAGUUACUUUUCUAGGUCCAGGUUGAGGCACUGCUGUUCAUUCCUAGUGUACUUUUGGUGUAACAUAGGAAGAAAAAAUGCUUAUAUCUGUGAAAAACAGUUGCCUGUCAGUAGCCCUCCAUACGCUCUUCUUAUUUGAUAAUCAAUCUUGCUGUCUAUUGUUGGGCAAGAUGAUUUACCAAUUGAUUGUAAUGAAUGCGGUAGAGGAAUAUUUCAGCUGAUGUUCGGAUACCGUGGCAAUGUACAUUUUUGCUAAGCAUUAAAAUGGCAAAUGGUUCAAAAUGGUUGCUACGAGUGAA